AUAAUUGGAUUAUUGUAUGAUUUUAUUUAUCUGAUUUCUUUAGAGUUAGGUUUGUUGUUCUAACAGUUAUGUUUAUCUUACUGGGUGAUGUAAAUCAAUUUUUAUCUUAAAAAAGGGAAAACAAAAUAUCAUAUAUUCAUACAGAUUCAAUUGCACAAAUCAAAAUUGAAAUAAAGAAUGCACACAUUAUCUCAAACCUUCACCUUAAAUUUAACUCCACAGAUUAUCAGAUGCAGGCAGAGAGUUGACGAAUUAGUUUCAAGUAGCUUGAAUUGUGGACAUUUUUGUCUUUCAUUGAACCUUAGAUAUGGUGGAAGAAUCAUUUUGAAAAGGGAACAAAGUAAAUGUCUUCCUACUGCUUCUGUAUUAUCAGAUUCCCAAAUUUCUUCUACUCAUUUUGAGGAGUUCUCUGUCUCUACUGCUGACACCAAUAAUGUUAGAGAACUUAAGAUAAGCAUAGAGGUAUCUGGAAACAGAACACAGAGGACCUUUGAUGAUGUGUUUCAGAAAAUGGUUAAAGCUGCACAACCGAUUCCAGGAUUUCGUAGAGUAAAAGGAGGAAAAACGCCAGAUAUACCAAAAGACAUUUUAUUAGAGGUGCUUGGACCUUCCAAUGUUUUUAAGCCAGUUAUCAAGGAAAUAAUCAACUCAACUGUAGCUGAGUAUGUGGAGAAGGAGAGUUUGAAAGUCAGCAAUGACUUGAGAGUCGAACAAAACUUUGACGAUCUUGAAACUACAUUUGAGGCAGGAGAAAAGUUUAACUUCGAUGCUGUACUUCAGCUUCAAAAGUAGAAUUAACAUGCAUUUAUUUGUUAGAAUCUUAUUCUGAGUUUUCACCGGUUGAAUGAGUAAAUAUUUGAUGCCAUCUAAAACAUUGUUUCCACUAAUGCAUGGGAAAAUUUAGGACCUCCCUUUCCUGAUUCAUGCUGUUGGAAAUCAUGGUUAACAUUGAUUGUGUUUGAUAAAUAGGCACAUAAGGAUUGGAUAACUUAUUAUAUUAAGCUUCAUUAACUAUGAUUUCGAUUACUCAAGAUUGAGCAAUUCAUUAACUAUUUA